AGGGUGAUAUCUGUGAAAUGGAAUAUAUUAUAGACAGUGACAUUGGUUACUUAUGAACUUGGUUUUAAACAAGAUCCUGUAAAAAGAUAAAGCAGGGAGCAGGUUCUACGGCUAUAAAUAAUUCAUUUUUAAAGAUUUAUAAAUUCGAGGAUAUGGAAAAGAUUUCAAAUCAGGUGAUAAAAUCGAAAUAAAAAGGCUUAAUUUGUUUAAAAAGGAACGCUAGCCGAUAAUAGAUUUUGAAGUAAAUAUGGCAAAUCCAAAAUGUGUUUUUGAAUUUAAGAAAAAAGCUAAAUGUGCACCAGAAAAUGUCAAAAGCAAAGAAGAUAAAAUUGAAAUAAGAAAUGGAAUUGAUGGAAUUCCUAUUUAUGCAAAUAGCAAUGUUCACCACAGUGGAAGCCCGUUACAAGAAUUUCCUUCCAUUGAUGUUGGUUCGGUUGGAAUUCCUACCAGUAAACUAAGCAUGGUCGAAAUUCAACCCGAAGAAGCUACAAUUGAACAAGUUCUACACACUCUGGAUGGUAUAAACGAUUUUGAAAGUGCUGCCAAUGAGGUUAAAAUUGAGAAUGUUCCAACGAAAAAUGAUGUCUCAGCUUCAAAUUGCGUUGAAAUGGAAAAAGUACCAAUGGAUGACGAUGCAAUUAAUGCGGUUAUUAGCAUUGAAAUUAAGAAUAAUGAAAUCUCAACCCCUGAUGUUCAGAUGGAUAACGUGGCAGUCAACAACCUUCUUUCCAGUGAUCUUGAAAACAAUGAAGCUUUUAAAAAUUCCGUCGAAACAUACUUAGAAAGUGGAGAUGCUAAAAUGGAUAACACGGUUAAACACCAAGAUACCAGAUUGAUUGAGCCUAAUGAAUCUGGUAACCUAUCACAUGAGGUAGUUAUGAAAAGCACAGAUUUGUUGCAAACCGUUCAGAAUAUCCACUCAAGGAGUAUAAUGUUACUAAUACAAACGACAGAGACCAAAAAUACCGGGGUAUUAAAUAGCGGCUACCGUGAUGACGAAAGUGAUAAUUAUGCCUAUGCUACUGGUGCUAAAUUCGGAGAUACUGGUACUGAGGAUACCGUCGACUCAUUUUCUGGUGACCAGGUUAGUGGACCGUGUGCUAAUGGACAGCCCAUAGAUUGCUCAACGUAUUAUUCCCGGUUUGAAAGGCUGGGAGAUUCCGAUCAUGUAUCUGAUGAAAAUCCUUUUAAUAAGAAAAACACAAGGAAGAAGAAGCGAGUAUCUGUAGUGAAUGAAAAUAUGCAACCAAAUGGAAAUCAAUCUGGGACGGACAAUUUAGGUUUCAUAUCGGACGAUGAUAGCAUAGAUACGGUGAUUGAUAUUUCCAAAUUACCAAGGAGAAGCAUUAGAUUCAGCAUUUACUCCGCGUUCAAGUUCCCUAGUGAACCAAAAUGGCAGAGGAAGUUAAGUGCGUGUGUAAUUGUCUUCUGUGGAUUCUGGAAUUGCUUUUUCUCUUUGGGAAUAGCGUUCUCAAUGGGAACAUUUCUACCCGAAUGGCUGGAUGAAUUUAACGAUGGGCGAGCUAAGACUGCUAUGAUUCAGUCAGUUCUUGUAGGCGUAACGUUUGGUGCAGGAAUAUUAAUUGGUAUAUCAAUAGACAGAUAUGGGGUACGUCUAACCAUCUUUGUUGGUUCACUUAUGUCUUGUUGUGGAUUUCUGGGUGGCAUAUUUUGUCCAAGUACAACCACUUUGUUACUCAGCGUGGCUAUUUUACCAGGAUUUGGAUUAAGUGGAGCCCAGUUGGGAAGUAUUGUAGCUGUUUCUAUAGCGUGCAAGAGAUCGGUCAGUGUCGCUAUUGGGUUGAUCACUGCCGGUGGAGGAUUAGGUAGCAGCAUUUUACCUUACUUUUUCCAAUUCCUUAUCGACAAUUAUGGAUGGAGAGGCGCUUUCUUCGUAAUAGCUGGUCUUUCAUUGCAGCCUUUGGUGUUCGGAUUUUUGAUGACGGCAUUUAUGGAUCAAGUGACAGCUAGCCGUGGUCAUCGUGUUGAAAAGGCAGUGGUAACCCUUAAAGAAAAAAUGAAGCUGGUGUGUCGACCUGAAUUUAUUAUAGCUGCAUUAUGUGCACUUACUGCCUUUUCUGCGGCAAAUGGUUUUCUUUUUAUAAUCGUUGACUAUGCUAACAACAUAAACCAAAAUGGCGUCUUUUUUCUAUUCCUACUAACAAUUAUCAGCACAUGUGGUCGACUUGCAUUCGGGUUUCUGAAUCUGUUGUCAUUUGUAAAUAGUCGAAUCUUACUGACGAUUGCUGCGAUUCUAUCUGGGGGAUCCCUGAUUUGUCUUGGCUUUAUCACGCAAUACGCGACAAUUCUUGGUUUUGUUGUCGUCCUUGGCUUCAAUUAUGGUGGACAGAUUGGUAUAUAUGGUGUUGUUAUCCUGGAUCUGGUGGGUCCCCAGGCCUUUUCACUUGCCCUUGGUUUGUGUUCUACUUUGAAUGGUACAGCAAGUGCCAUUGGUGGUGUUAUUUAUGGUUUGUUGUUCGAUAUGAGUGGUUCGUAUAGUCAACCCUGUAUUAUAAUGGGUACAGUAUGCUGUGUUUUUGGAGUACUUUCCAUAUUGGGCUUGUUCUAUAGUAAAAUAAAAACAAAUUGUAAAUCACCGAUAUCUAGUGAUUAAUAAUAUAUAACAGAUCACAUAUAUAUUUUAGUGAAUACAACUGGUUACUUCAUUGUAAAAGCAUAUUAUUGAAAUCUUUACCCGUGUCCUGUGCAACUGGAGAUCUGUGAUACCCAACUGUCGAUAACAGAAACGAAAAUAACAAACUUACAGUUCCUAAAUUCCACGCUAUCCGUAAAUGUUUUUUCACACAAAAUAUGGAAGAAGUAUAGUUUGCAUUUUAAAAGUUUAGGUUCAAAGCAGUCCAAUUUGUUUUGUAUCAAACAGUUUCGGCUGUGUACAUCUUGGUCUGUAUAGGGCGGAUUGGUCGACGCCAGGGCAACCUAACAAUCGAAAAUUGCAAUACACAAAUUUUUUUGAAUGGCUUCUAUUAUCGAGACAUUGGAUUGGCUGUCAAUUAGAAGUAUAAUUACGCUGCAUUGCAGGUCAAGAAGCCACUUUUCUUCAACAUUAACAUUAAUUGUUACUUUAGAUGUUACUAGAUUCACCAUCCAAAUAAACGGAACAUAAUUAUUAUGUAGUUCCAGGUCAUGAUGCAUGGGAAAUGAAAUGGGGUUUAACAUCCCAUUGUUCUCCACCAACUGGGGUCUAACUGCAUAAUGCAGCUGUAAUUGCGAUUUCGAAAAACACUCCUUUUUUUAAUAUAAUGAGCAGGGGGUUUAAAGCGUUAUUUUUCUAAGAUUGCGUUGGCUUUUCGUAGAUAAAUGAAGGCGAGCAUACGCCAUAUAGUGUACUAUGAGGGAAAUUUUGCGCGGACAGUGGCGCUACGGCCAACUGUAAGACUUGUAUCGAAUUCCAAUUGCCAAGGAAUCUUUUAGCUACCGUGGCUCCUAAGUAGAUAAAUGAAUUUAAGAAAUCUAAGGAAGACGGUCAAACACUGGCUGUCGUAUUAUGAGUAUUUAGUAAAUCCAUGCUUCAACCAUAAAAUGGACUGUAGUAGCCUGAACAUCUUCUAUACUGGCUUUAUAUAUAGAAACAAAUUAAUCACUAACCCACAAGAAUAGUAAAAUUAUCCCAAAUUUUAAAAAAAAUCAAUCAACCUUUAAUCAUAAUAAUUGCUAAUAUGCAUCACAGGUACAUGAG